AUGGCAUUGAUCACCCGUGUGGAGGCCCAAGCGCGGGUCCAUCCUCCGUCUCUUCACUGUGGUAGUCACGGUGUACCUCAUCCGCUCAAGUGUUUCAAACCUCAAUUUGAUCUCCCUCGUUCUAUUGCUCUGUCGGCUCUGUCGUUCGUUGCGUGGGAUGUGUGUAUCACGUUCGGUGAUGAGGUCGAAUUGAUCUGGAGAACCCCGUGGAAUCAUUUGAAAACCGUGUACAUCCUCAUACGAGCUGUGCUCAUGGUAUCUCAGACCCCAAGUCCUGACGACGAUAGUCUUGAUGUUGCUUUAUCAAGGACUUAUGACCAUCCGAGGCACAAUGCCUUGGUGCUCAACGGAGUUCGCAUAUUGUUUGUUUUGGAGGUAGCUGCGGUGGUCGGCCUAUUCGUUUACUCUAGGCCGCUCACGCACUCCAACAGCCACUGCAAAGGACCCUCUACCGCGCGAUCGCCUUCUCAGAGAUUUCUCUUCGCUCUGCCUCCUUUAAUCCAUGAUUCCACACUCUUCCUCUUGACGUGGAUCAAGUUUCAAACAUCGCUUCGCCACGGCUGGGGACGAGUGCCUGCGGUCAAGAAGUUUGUUCAAGACGGCAUUUGGGCGUAUGCUUUGCCUUCGGCGGUUCUGCUCAUAAACAUGGGUGUAAAUGUGUCUAAAGAUGGUUACUAUGCAACCCUAGUAUCCCCGUGGAUCAGUGCGGUGAACGGGUUUUCUGGAUACCGCCUCGUGCUAAACCUUAUGAAGAUGCUUCACGAAGAUACUGUUAGCUCUCUGGAGCUCGAUUCUCAGAUAGACCGGGACUCGCAGUAUACGUAUCCACCGUCGGAUAGACGUGCACGGACACCUUCUCCGGCUUCGGUGUGA